AUGGAGGUCCCAGAGUUCAGCAUCCUUACGCCUAAUGCCAUGCUUGGCUAUGGCUACAACGUCGAGCACUUCUGGUAUGGCAUACAAAAGUUCAAGCCUGCAGCCAUCAUCGUCGACAGUGGGUCAACAGACGGCGGCCCUUACAAGCUCGGAAUGAAUAAGAUGACUUGUGGACGGGGCUCUUAUAUCCGUGACCUAGAGCCUAUCCUGACUGCCUGCUUCCACCAUAAGAUCAAGGUCUUGAUUGGAUCUGUAGGUGGAGACGGCAGCAACAAACAUGUCCAGGAAAUGUUCGACAUUGUGUCCUCGGUUUCGGAACGUCUUGGAUUCAGCUUCAAGGUCGCCACUAUCAAUGCUGGUAUGGACCGGAACUUGGUUAAGGCCAGAAUCCAAAGUCACAGAGUCAGUCCGUGUGGGCCUGUGGAAGAGCUACUUCCAGACGUUGUUGAUGAUGCUGUUGAUAUCGUUGCACAGGUCGGUGCUGAGCCAUUCCUCGAAGCCUUGAAAGGCAACCCCGACAUAAUUCUCGGUGGAAGAUGCUAUGACCCUGCACCUUUUGCUGCGUUUUGUCUCUCAAAGGGCAUAUCUAAUGGUGUUGCUUGGCACAUGGGCAAGAUCAUGGAGUGCGGUGGCAUCUGCGCCGUCCCAAAAGGUCGCUCCAUGAUAGCCACCAUGCGCUACGAUUCUUUCGACUUGACUCCACUAGCGCCUGAGGAGAGAUGCACGCCUCUUUCUGUCGCAGCACACACCUUGUACGAAAAGACACGACCAGACCGCCUGCCGGGCCCAGGUGGUGUUCUCAGCCUCGACAAUGCAAAGUAUGAGCAGAUAACUGACAAGACGACACGUGUAUCUGGUGCUCAGUUCUUGGAGACACCAUACCAGGUGAAGCUCGAGGGCGUUACCUUCCUGGGUUAUCGGACUAUCUUCAUCGGUGGCAUCAGAGAUCCAAUUCUUAUCAGCCAGAUCGAUGAUUUCCUCGAGCGCGUGCGAAAGUACACCCAAGGUUUAUUUCCCGAGUUGGACCAGUCAGACAGCUGUCGCCUUAUCUAUCACAUCUACGGCAAGAAUGGUGUCAUGGGCCCAUUGGAGACACAGGUCGUCAGCAACCCUCACGAGAUCGCAGUUCUCGGCGAAGUCGUCGCUCCUACGCAGGACAUGGCUUAUACCAUUGCAAACAAUGCACGGGCUUCUAUCCUCCACUUCUCAUAUCCUGGACAGAUUGCCACAACCGGUAAUUUCGCUAGCCCAUUGUCACCUCACGAGCAAGAUGCUGGUGCUGUUUUCAAGUUCAGCGUGUACCACCUCGUCGACCUUGAAGAAGGCGAGUCAUCUUCGCUUUUUCCCGUUACGUUCCGGGAUGUAAACUCCACUGCCAGUCCAGCACCCGUGGUUUCGGUUUCUCGAGAGCGCUGGGAGGCUCUGGAGAACGGUCCUCUUGCGCCCAUAGAGAAGAAGCAAGUUCCAUCUACAAAAGCAAAGAUGCAAGAGCUCGCUCGCAUCAUCCGCUCCAAGAACUCAGGCCCAUUCGAGAUGACGUUCGAUAUCAUGUUCGACGACGAGGCUGUCUACAGGAGGGUCAUGGAUUCCAACGUCCUCACGAACGAGGUGAUCCGGUCUCUGUACCACGUAAAAGACAGCGAGAUCUUGACAAACAUGUUUUUUGAACCUGCUCUUGCCUGGAAGUGUACCAUCAAGAGACCUUGGGCCCAAGGCAGUGUCGGUGAGAGAGAUACUCUGGGAACACAACAGCACGCGCCGCUUUUGGGAAUCGAGGUCCCUGAGGCCAGCACAACAGGGGCUGUUAUCAAUGGCACUCACAGUGGCGCGUCCCACGUGAAUGGUGUCAAUGGCAUAGACAGUGUCAGGGAGAUCAAGGGCGCCAAUGGUCUGACGCAUGUCCCCCAACCAGACCUGAACUCAACAGUCAAUUCUAGCUUCGAUCGAUCCAGCUUCCUCUCUCGCGAUGUCGUAAACGAGAUCUGGAGUGGUCUUUCCAUUCCUUCAGACGCCCUGAAGUCCCUGAUACUUCCAGGUGACGAUGGCAAGCCAGCACUCCCUUCCUCCUACAAAAUUGGAACCCUGGCACAAGGCACCAUAGCUCUGUCUGGGCUCCUGGCCGCUCUCAUCCAUUCCAUACGAAACCAAGGUCCUGUGCCAAUGGUAACCGUGCCUCAGAAGCACUCUGUCAUUGAAUUCAAGUCUGAGCGGCUUUACGUGCUCAACGGAGAGCCUGCUCCUUCGCCAUGGGGACCCAUCGGGGGCCUACACAAGACUUCGGAUGGACACGUCCGUAUCCACGACUCGUUUCCUAACCAUAGAGACGGAGCUCUGGAGCUAUUGGGUCUUCCAGUAACAGCAAGCCGCAUCGAUGUAACCAAGAAGACACAGGACUGGGCGAGCAUCGAUCUCGAGUCUGUCGGUUUAGACCAUCGCUUGGCGAUUUAUGCCUUGCGCUCAUAUCGCCAAUGGGACAAGUUGCCUCAAUCCAAGGCAAUUGACGAAUUCCCCAUUUCUCUAACGAAAAUUGGGUCAGGCCCGGCUGGACUAUCUCCUCGUCUUACACCAGGCAACGACAAGUGUCUUCGAGGUCUACGAGUCGUCGAGAUGAGCCGAGUCAUUGCUGCACCCUUGGCCGGCAAGACCUUGGCUGCCCACGGCGCUGAUGUCGUCUGGGUAACAUGUCCUGGACUCCCUGACCUACCUACGAUGGACCGCGAUCUCGGCCGAGGGAAGCGCACCGUUCACAUGGACGUCAACAACGUCGAGGAUCGUCAAACCUUGAGAGAGCUUAUUCAGUCAUGUGAUGUAUUUAUCCAAGGCUUCCGUCCCGGAAGUCUUGCCGCUAAGGGAUUCGGUCCGGAGGAGAUUGCAUGUCUUAACCCAGGCAUCGUCUAUGGUUGUAUGUCUGCGUUUGGUCCCAAGGGACCUUGGUCUGAGAGACGCGGCUACGAUUCACUUAUCCAGACAUGCUCAGGUAUGAACGUUUCAGAGGCCGAGCAUUACGGCGCCGGCGAAGUAGCUCGCCCGACACCGUGUCAAGCAUUGGACCACGCCGGUGGUUAUUUACUGGCUUCUGGUAUCAUGGCAGCUUUAUAUCGACGAUCUGUCGAAGGAGGGUCCUACCGCGUUGACGUGUCACUGGCUGGAACCAUGAAAUAUCUCCGCAGCAUGGGCCAAUAUCCCGGCAAUAUCGGGUUCCAGGUUGGAGAUUAUGAGAAGCCUUCUGAUGUGGAGGAGUAUUUGGAAACCCGUCAAACGGGAUUUGGCGAAAUGAGGGCCGUUCGGCACAGCCAAGCCCAACACAUUCUUCAACGUCAUCCCGAAGACGUCGCCGGUUGGAUCAGCAUCAGCAUUCCCGGAACCCCAAUCAGCGUGAUUCUCGUCGUUAUGGAUUUGCUUGCCAAGGCCUGUCAGCGGUCUGAUAGUCCUUGCAUAUGGCCUGCCAAUACCCAGGUCAGGAUUGACAGAGCAAACACGCGGAUUCAAGAACUCGAGUCCGCUCUGCAGGAAAGCCGAAGACAGAAUGAACGGUUGAGCAGUGAGAGCGGUAAUCUCACAACUGCUGAUGUCACGAAUGCGGGCCAAGAUAAUAUCUCUCCGGCUGGAUCCAUACCGUUGCUCGGGCAACUCGGCUCUACGCAUGCAUCACCGAGCGAUGCUCGCUCAAACACCAUCGACGCCACGAUUUGGUCGCAGGUCGGCAUCGGAGAAGAUGGCGCAAUCACCUACAACGGCCCUACCAGUCGCUUCCACGCUGGAUCUUUGACAGGAAAUGGCCCAUCGCCAUCUACCACGCAAGCCCCUCCCAGUUCAACCCAGGACGUAGAAAUCAAAUCAUCUCACGUUGAGCGUCUGCGAUCCCAGUAUGACUUGCUCGACACAGUAUGGAUUCCCUUAGCCAAGUCCAAGUCCAUGGCGGCGUUUGGCAUCACGAAUGAAAUGGGAUGGCAGAUCCUUGAUAUGUACUGGACUUGGCUUCAUCCAUUGCAUAACUGCAUCUAUCGGCCAGAUAUGGGUAGUAACACCAACGUGACUGUAGUUUUCCUAAUGGACAUGGCGUUAAACGGGACGUACUAUUCCGACUUUCUACUCAUGGCAAUAUUUGCUUUAACUGCCCGUCAUCUCAGCCGACAAGAGGGCGACUCGGUUGACUCCAACAUGGGUGAAAGGUUCUUCACACGCGCCAAGAUGCUACUUAUGGAUGAGCUGGAUAAUCCCAAGCCACGAAUUCCUACUAUUCAAGGGCUUCUUAUUCUCGGAGGACGCCAAUGCGCCAUUGGCAAAAGCUCACAGGGAUGGCUGUUCACCGGCAUGAUAACAACCGAUAUGAUGCUGCUUCUCUUUGAUCGUGGUCACUCAGAAAACAUCUAUCCCGAGAUCGACCAUGUUUCCAACAGGCUAACAGCGUGGUACAACGAACUACCUCAGUCACUCAAGAUUGAUGAGGGAAUGACUCAGUGUCCACCUCCCCAUAUCGCUUCUUUGAACUUUUUAUACCACGCUCUCCAUAUUCUUCUCCUCCGGCCGCUCCUGCAUUCCCCCGAUCCCUCAAUCCGCAACUCAUCCCUCCAAACAUGCGUCAACCACUCUAAAAGGAUACACGCGAUCCACGAUCUGUACACCAAAAGCUUUCCUCACCGUCUGAUGACAUACCAAGUAAGCUAUUGCGUAUAUACUGCGGCUACUGUCGAUGUUCUUGACAUGAGGCGGUCUGAAGCUGGGGUUCGGAUUGAUGCCGCGCGGCGACUCGGCAUGGCUGUCCGCACGCUUCAAGAAGAAGCUAAACAUACGCCUGGGAGUGGCCGGAGUUUGGAUACCAUCAGGCGGCAGCUAACAGUGUGGGAAGGGAGCGCCCCUCAGGUAUCGAGUCAACAGGAGCCUCGUGGAGGUUCUGCCGCGAACCGGGCUGGUGAUGCACAGCGACUUGAGUUGAGCAGGACGGAAGAGCCUCGAGCAUCUCCACAUCCAGCAGCCUCUGAUAUUGGAAAUGGUGGACCGCAGGCUAACAAUGAAGGGGCGUCUGGCUUUUUGUCGAGAUAUCAGAGUCCAUUUAGCUUCGGGAUGCUUGAUACCGGAGCCGGGUUUCACCCCGAUUCAUUUCCCUGGGACAUGACGGAAAUAUUUGGCAAUUCACAGGUGUAUGGAGCACCAGAACAGACUGAUCAAGUGUUUCAAUAA